CGUCUUCUCUCUCUCUCUCUCAGUUGCCUUCGGGAGUUCUGUUUGGUGUUGUUUUCACAUGGCGGGAAGUCUCCAAAGCCUUUGCUUCAGGUCUCCAGCCACCGUAAGUUUACCCUCCCGCCGGUGGAACCCACAUUUUCAGUCAAGUAUCCCCCCUAUUUCUGGCAGCUCCGUCGUUCUCAAGCACCACCCCUCAUUGCUUCAUCUAAAGCCUCGCUGGAGUUCUCCAUCCAUCAGAGCUGGUGAACGAUCUGCACAGACCGAUGGCAAUGAUGAUGGGAGUCGAUGCGCGUCGAACUGGGUGAAGCCAUUGUUGACUUUUGCGUCCAAUAAUUUUCUUCCUUUAGCUCUUGUUAGUGGCGUAGCGUUAGGACUCGCAAAUCCUAAUCUUGGUUGUCUUGCUGACAGAUUCUAUCUAUCAAAAUUUAGCACUUUCGGGAUAUUUCUUAUCUCAGGUUUGAUGUUGCGUGGUGGAGAAAUUGGUGCAGCAGCUGAAGCGUGGCCUGUAGGGAUUUUUGGGCUAGGAUCUAUUCUAUUAUUUACUCCCUUUUUUUCCAGGUUAUUUUUGCAAUUUAAGAUUCAACCUCAGGAAUUUGUUACUGGACUGGCUAUAUUUAGCUGCAUGCCAACUACGUUAUCAAGUGGAGUUGCACUGACUCAGCUUGCUGGUGGAAAUUCUGCUCUUGCUCUUGCAAUGACAGUAAUAUCUAAUCUGCUAGGAAUUCUAAUUGUCCCAUUUUCCAUCUCAAAGUUUAUAGCCGAUGGAGUUGGUGUAUCUGUUCCAACUAAGCAACUGUUUAAAAGUCUUGUUGUCACUCUUUUAAUUCCUCUAAUUCUGGGAAAGGUUUUUCGAGAAUCCAUCAAAGGCGUCGCAGACUUUGUUGACCAGAACCGUAAGGCUUUGUCGAUGAUCAGUGCAAUAUGCCUCAGUUUGGUGCCAUGGAUUCAAGUGAGCAAAUCAAGGUCACUGCUGUUAAUGGUUAAACCGGCAGUUUUUCUCGUAGCUAUUGGGAUGGGAUUGCUCUUGCAUCUCAUGCUAUUAGCAUUUAACAUUCUGGCAGUGCAGAGUCUUUCAGCUGUCUCUGGUGGUAGCAAAUCACUGUUUGCUAACAAACAGAAUGCCAGUGCUCUUGUUCUUGUUGCUAGCCAGAAAACGCUGCCUGUAAUGGUAGCUGUUGUGGAUCAGCUUGGUGGUGCAUUUGGUGAAUCCGGUUUGCUUGUUCUUCCUUGUGUUGCAGCACAUUUGAACCAGAUUAUUACGGACUCUAUUCUUGUCAACUUUUGGCUCCAAGAGGGUCGGUAUUCCAACAAUGCCCGGAUAGCCUAAACUUUUGGAAUGCGAAUCUUGAUAUUUACCAGCAUGUUUUGGUGCCAGGGCAAGAUAUUCUGUUGACAGGGCAUAGCUUAGGUUAUUAAGAAUUUUAUAGUGGGAUGUCCGUGCCAUUCUCUAUUUAUCAGUGGCUCCCAUCUGUCAUAUAUGGUUGGUGUGAUCUCAUAAACAUUUUUUACAAUCAACAGAUCGAAAUAUCUUUUAUGUACAUUGCAUGAUAUAGUUUUAAGACAUCUCAAAUUUUCAGUUCAA